AGUUGUUGUAAGAGCGCGUGUGUGUGCGCGGGGGGAGAAAAACUGGCCGGUGGAGAAGAAAGGCUCGAGACAGGGACAAUGUACACUGGAUAUUUUCAUUCACAGUAUAAAUCAUUAUCGGUAUUUUCUGCAUCAGUUAGAGUCUUAAAACCAGAAAUAAUAAGGAUCCUUUCGACUGAAUACCGUAUUAUACCGAUGAAAGAUGACUUGACAGUUAAAAACUAGCUCUACCUCUUCGGACUGUAGCGAUGUUUAAACCUCUGUGUGCAUAGUUUCACACCAUUCCUCUGUCGCCGUGGACUUAUCAAUUUGUUUCGGUGUUGCUGGUGAAGGAACAUUUUCUGAUCCGAGAUGACGGAAAUCAGCGAAAAGGAGAAUGAACCACAAAACCGGGACCUCCGCCGACCACAGGCCACCAUGCCCAGCCAACAUGAAUCAAAGUUACAGCGGUUGAAGCGCACCCUGUCCUUCAAGUCAGUCAUGCGCAGCAAGAGUGUGGACAACUUUUUCCAGCGCGGUAACGGCGAAUCCCGCACUCCCUCAGCCCUCAUCACCACACCUUCACCUCCGCUAUCUCCUCCCCCCAUCCCAGAGUCCCCCCUGGCCUAUGAUCGCUCUCCGUCUCAUUCCCCUUCUACGAGUCCCAACCCCUCAUUGUCAUCACGCUCACCUUCUAUUAGUCCGUCACUGUCAUUUAGACAGACCACUAAAACCCAGCCAAAGUCUCUGGCCCAGCCGGUGGAGCCGGUCAUGACCCACUGUUUCCAGGAGCAUGUCUUCCGUAGGCCUACCAGCUGCCAGCGAUGCAAACACAUGAUCCAAGGGAACUCCAAGCAGGGGCUGCGUUGUAAAGCCUGUAAGAUGGCAGCCCACCUCUGGUGCUCGUCUGAGCUCUCCCAGAAGCCCUGUAAUGGGAAGACAGGAGCUUUCAAGAGAAACUUCAGCUCUCCUCUGUUAACCACUGAUACGCUGGGCGUGGUCAGAGAGGCUCCUGCUGCCCAAGAGGCAGAUAAUGGCAUUGUUGACCCUGUGUAUGAGGCACUGCGCUAUGGGACGUCGCUGGCUCAGAUGAGUCGCUCCAGCUUCAGCAGUAUCUCAGAGUCGCCCUGUCAUGAGGCAGAAGAACUGCAAGAAAAACUAGAAAACCAACCAAUAGCUGAAGAGGAGCACAUCCCAGGAAUGCUUACCCCUCCUGAAAGCGAGAAGGCUGAUUCAGAAGACAGGGUCAGCCUGAAGACUCCUAAGAAAGUAGAGGUCCACUCCGUCCACACAUAUGUGGCGCUCUACAAGUUUCUGCCUCAGGAGAAGAACGACUUGGAACUACAACCUGGCGACCGAGUUCAAGUCACAGAUGACUCCAAUGAGGAUUGGUGGAAGGGGAAAAGCAGAGACAAGGUGGGAUUAUUCCCGGCCAACUUUGUGCAGCGGGUCCGCCCUGGUGAGCGUGUGUGGAAGGUCACUGAUGGUUUCCACGGCAACCGAGACAAAGGCCAGAUGACUGUAAAAGAAGCCCAGAUCUGUGUGGGGAAGAACGAGGAGAUUGACGGUUUCCUCCGGCUGAGCAGCGGGAAGAAGAGAGGCUUGGUCCCUGUGACGUAUCUGCUAGAAAUAUGAUGACAGUGCACCUCUCCUUGACCCUCAGUUUGAUAAAGAAGUUCACUAUGAUGGAGGAAUACUCAGGAGUGUUUACCAGACACCUCACUGACUGACAACCACCCACCUCCACCCCUCCAAAAAGUGGCAGUGAAUUAGAAGCUUGAGUGGACGACGAUCCGCUUUUUACUGCAGAAGCUUUUAAGACUUAAAGGAGGUGGUGGGGGGGGGCUCCUUCAGAGUUCUUUAGAGCUACUUUUUUUGUAGCACAACUUUACUUUGUGUGGUUUUAAACACACUCACAAACAGAAAUGUAGCAUCAUGUUGAAGAGGAUAGUGUGCAGGAAGUCUGGCUACCUCGCUAGCAAUUUCAAUUGGUCAUCCAUCUGUGAAAAAUGGGAGAGGACUAACUUACUAUGAUGCCAAGGUUUAUCCAAGCCUUGUGAACUGUCUUCAUUUCACUGUGUAGAGAAAACAAGACGUACGAGAUGUGAAAGAAUGUAGCUGUUUAUUUUAGUGGCUUUUUUCACAUUUGAGCAGAUUUGGUUUAGUAGAUUCAACUGAAGGUAUAAACAUGACGAUCCAGUUUUGUAUGUGCAGCUGACAUUGUGCACACGUCUGCUGUUGUAAUAUGGAUUCAUGAGGUGCAUGUGUGUCACUCCGUCUAGAAAAUGAUUCAGGUAUUACAUUGUGUGUAUGUACAAUUUAAAAAAAAAAAAAAAAAAUAAUAAUAA